AUGGGUGGUAGUAUUGGUAAGCCGACCUCUUCGAAGGAGGGAUCUGAAAAGGUGGAUUUAUCGCUGAGCUUUAAUCAGCAGCCGGAUGAAAUUUCUACUGGUGGCGAAUGUGAAAAGUCUGCUUCUGGUGAGAUCGUCCGUCUCCUGAGCUACAGCCCAGCCGGUGACUGGUCUGAGGUCGAAGCGCCUUCCCAGCUGCCCAAUCGAACACCGCGCGUGCCCUGGGCGGCAGCCGGUGGGUGGGUGCGCGGUUGGGUACCCACCAGCUACCUCACAGAGCAUGUGCGUCCCCCACGGGUUGGUGGAAUUGGUAGUGGUACCAAUGAAUGGCGAAGGGUGGGAGAUGAAGAGGAGGCUGCCGCAGCGGCAGCAACGAUGGCUUACCCUUGGUACCACGGUGCCGUCUCGCGUCAGGCCGCUGAACAGCUCCUACGCAGCGGCAUCACUGGCUCCUACCUCGUACGCGAAUCCGAAUCGGCACCUGGACAACUCUCUGUCACUGUGCGGAAUCUGGGCCGAGUCUAUCACUAUCGCAUCAGUCGGGAUUCCUGUGGAUGGGUCAGUUAUAUUGGUUCCCCAUUCUUUUUACUGGUAUCAUUCCUUCAAUGCCUUCUAACACCCGUUCACUUUGCGCCUGAGCCAAAUGUUCCUGUCGAGAUCUUUGUAGCACCAACCCUUCUUCGCUUUAAUUCAUGUUUGGCUUAA